CAAAGUGAUACAGGGGACCGCCGGGGAAAGGUAAGUAAAAACGGGGGGUUUCCCGGGGAAAACGGGGUACUUGGCAGCUAUGCUAAGGACUAUUGGUUCUAAUAUUAGCUGGAGCAAGUACAAUGUAGCUGGGAUGGAAGGAGUGGCAAGGAAGGAGGGGAGCAGGACCGCAAAUAAAUCUUUACAGCAAAACUGAUACGGGGGACCGCCGGGGAAAGGUAAGUAAAAGCGGGGGUUUCCCGGGGAAAACGGGGUACUUGGCAGCUACGUAUGGGUGUUUCUCGGAUGGCAUCAUGGCAGCGGCAGCCGUGAGAUGGGAAGCGAUGAAGAUGCAUUGAUGCAAUCUUUGUGUUGCUGUUUGGCCCGCAGAGCCGAGGUUUCAGAGGCUGAAUGGGAGAGGGAAAACGAUUUGCUGGAAGAAGGGCCAGAGCUGGAUGACAGCAAGACGUCAGAAGCCAAGUUCCCUUCCAUUUGCCUCAGGGAGCUGUACCCGAAGCUCGCAAAGGAAUUUGACUAUCUGCGGCUGGUCGAGCGGAUUGCGGCUCUGUUCAUCCGUUUCCUGGGCGUGAAGGGGACGACGAAAUUGGGACCCACGGGCUUCCGGAUGUUUAUAAGGAACAGCAAGCUAAGCAACAGCGAGUUCAGCAUGGCUUCCGCAGACAUCCUGUACAUUGACAUCACCAAGAAGCAGCACGGUCUCGCGACAGACCGAGAUGCGAGUAAGCCCUCUUGCAUAAUUCUGGGUCGUCUUCACUCCUAA